AUGUCAUCAGGAUUUAAAGUUGAAACAAUUACAGAAGGAAAUGGUCAAAAACCAAAAGCAGGACAACGUGUUAGUGUUCAUUAUACAGGUACAUUAACUAAUGGAAAAAAAUUUGAUUCAUCUCGUGAUAAAAAUAGAGUAUUUGAAUUUACACUUGGAAAAGGUGAAGUUAUUAAAGGAUGGGAUCAAGGUGUAGCUCAAAUGUCAAAAGGUGAACGUGCUACAAUUACAUGCCCACCUGAUUAUGCUUAUGGUAGCCGAGAUGUUGGUAAUGGAUUGAUUCCUGCCAAUUCUACAUUACUUUUUGAUGUUGAAUUAAUUGAUUUUAAAUGA